UGAAAGGGUCUGCUCUGCUACGAAUUUGAUUUCAUCGUUUUAACAGUUAAAACUGUCUUUGGUUUUUUGUUGCGCCAAACAUGUCAGGCUCUGAAGGACAAUGUAGUCAUGAUGAAAUCAGAGAUAGAAGAUCAGAUGUUGAGUACUUUGAAGAUGAAAGGCAGCGGUCUAAAAUUGGAACCCUCAAGAAGAAAGCAAUGACUGCUUCAUCCAAGUUUACUCAUUCGCUAAAGAAAAGAGGGAAAAAGAAGAUUGAUUAUAGGGUUCCCGCAGUAUCCAUUGAGGAUGUGCGUGAUGCACAAGAGGAGACUGUUGUCCUUGAAUUCCGCCAAAAGCUAAUUGAUAGGGGAUCUUUACCUCCCAGGCAUGAUGAUUACCAUACAUUGUUGAGGUUUUUGAAAGCCAGGGACUUUAACAUUGAGAAAACAAUCCAGAUGUGGGAAGAAAUGCUUAAUUGGCGCAAGGAAUAUGGAACUGAUACUAUACUAGAGGAUUUUGAAUAUGAAGAGCUGGAAGAGGUAUUACAGUACUAUCCUCAGGGGUACCAUGGAGUGGAUAGGGAAGGUAGGCCAGUUUACAUUGAAAGGCUUGGGAAAGCUCAUCCAAGCCGCCUGAUGCGCAUCACCACAAUAGAUCGAUAUUUGAAAUACCAUGUCCAGGAGUUUGAAAGAACUCUACAGGAGAAAUUUCCAGCAUGUUCUAUUGCAGCAAAAAGAAAGAUCUCUUCAACAACGACAAUAUUGGAUGUACAAGGCUUGGGAAUGAAAAAUUUCACCCGAACUGCUGCAAAUCUUUUGGCUGCCAUGACAAAAAUUGACAACAAUUACUAUCCUGAGACACUACAUCGAAUGUAUGUCGUCAAUGCUGGUCCUGGGUUUAAGAAGAUGCUUUGGCCUGCUGCACAGAAAUUUCUUGACUCCAAAACUAUUGCAAAAAUACAGAUUCUUGAACCUAAGGCUUUGUGUAAAUUACUUGAAGUCAUCGACUCUAGUCAGUUGCCAGACUUUUUGGGUGGCUCAUGUACAUGUCCUAAUGAAGGUGGAUGUCUUAGGUCUAACAAGGGUCCAUGGAGUGAUCCUGAUAUAAUGAAGCUUGUACGUAACGAGGAUGCAACAUUUGUGAGGCAAACCAGCCGAGCGUCCAAUGGACAACAGAAAUAUUUUCUAUUGCACCCACUGAAGGGACGAUGCAGUGAUAUGUCAACAGUAGAAUCAGGAUCUGAUAUUGAUGGUUACUCCUCUCCCCUUAGACAAAGGAGCUGUCCUUAUCCUCGUUUAGCCCCGGUUCAUGAAGAGGUCAGGACAUCAGAUCUCAAUGGAUACUAUAGCUGUGAUGAUAGCGCUCUUUCACCUGAUAAAAUGAUAGAAAGUGACCAAUCUCCCCCUACAUUGGAGCAGUCAUUGCGAACUGCUGAUAUGGGAAAUGUUGAUAGUAUGACAAAAUCAGAAGAUACUUGGUUUAGCAUAGUUAAGGAAAAAGUAGAGAGAACAAAUUUCAUGUACGUGUCAACAAUGCUGACAUCUUUCUUUGAAAGACUUAUUGCAUUCUUCUGUAGUUUAAGAUUUGAAUUUUGGAGGCCACAGAACAUUGUUCACCCAUCAAUUACUGUGGAGCAUAAUAUUAACAAUUCAGCAGUUGUUGAAGCAUCUUCUGAAAGAGAACAUGUUCUUCCUUGUGAACAACGUCUUCAGAGACUAGAAAAAGUAUUCGAGGAACUUAACAAGAAACCUGAUAGUAUGCCUGCCGAGAAGGAGCAAAUGCUCAUGCAAUCCUUUGAUAGGAUCAAGUGUGUUGAGUUUGACCUUGAGAAGACCAAGAGGGUGCUACAUGCUGCGGUGAUGAAGCAGCUUGAAAUAUCUGAGUUGCUGGAGAACAUGCGGAAGUCAAGGUGUCGGCAGAGGCGGCUAUUCUGUUGAACCAGGAUCCUGUCUUUGGCACCACACCAAUUGAAGACUUGGUCAGGCAAAUGGAGUACACACUUUGGCAUUUUGGUCUAAACAUGCUGGGACACAUUCCACUUUGUUUUAUAAAUAUAUAAUGUAGAUUUUUACUCAUAAAUCUUUUUUCCCUUUUGGUGGGGGUCAAUUUUCACAGUAAAUACUUAAAUAGAUGACAGAAUUUGUAGUUACGCAGGGACAAGAUGUUUAACUCAGUUUUAGACACUGCUACAGAGAAUGAUGGAUGCUAUUAAAGUUCACAUUACAGGAAA